UUCGAAAUUUCCAAACAUUACCAAGACAGAAAAUGUAAACACUGGCAUGGACUUGAAUGUAGUGUUUCCACCGUACUGUCAUCGAUUUGACAAUUUACUUCAAAGUGUCUCAACUGUCAAAUAAUCACAACAGACCGUAUACUCUCUUCAUCGCACUUUCAACAUUUCUUUCGGCGUUUUCUACAUCAAAAUUGCUAAAAUAAAAUGAAAGCGGUGAUUCAACGCGUGACCACAGCCAAAGUGACGGUGAACGACGAGUUGAUUAGUAGCAUUGGCCGGGGACUAUGUGUUUUAGUUGGCAUCUCACAAAAUGACACAAAAGAAGAUGCACUUUAUUUGGCCCGAAAACUGUUGAGCGUUCGACUAUUCGAUGAUGAAACCGGUAAACGAUGGCAAAAAAACGUUAAAGAUUUACAAUAUGAACUGCUUUGUGUGAGUCAAUUUACAUUGUACAAUCAAUGGAAAGGGAACAAACCGGAUUUUCGUUAUGCCAUGCCCGGUGCAGAAGCAAAUGAUUUGUACAAUUUUUUAUUACAACAAAUUGGCCAACAAUAUUCCAGUGAUAAAAUUAAAAAUGGACAAUUUGGGGCCAUGAUGCAAGUACACAUACAAAACGACGGCCCCGUCACGCUGGAAAUUGAAUCACCGAAAAAAGAUACAAACAAUUAAUUCAUUGUGCUUAUUUAUAUUGAAAAUUCAUUUAAUAAUUGAAUUUUUUCUAAAAUGAAAAAUUAAAAAUCGUCAAAAGAUAUGGCAAAAGAGAAAUAUACACAAAAAAUGACAAAAUGGCUCUAUUUUACUUUUGAACUCAUUUGUAACACAGAAUUUUUGUUCAGUACCAAUUUUUUGUAAUUAAAUUAAUGAAGAUCUUUGAAGAAA